UUUGUUAUUUUAUUCGACAGUGCAUCGGGCCGUUUUUUUUGACUUUCGAAUUGUUUAUUUUGUCUAUUGAAGUCAAGCAUAUGCACGUGGGUUGCGGAUCUUGGCGGUCAACAGCAUAUCGUCCAUUUUGAGAGGUUAUGGUUCAAUUAGUUAUUCAAUCCGUUCAAUCCGUUAUUAGAACGUACAUCUGGAGUUUACUGUUGUAUGGAUGUGAGACAUGGACGAUUGGGAAGUAUGAAAGAGAUAGACUUGAAGCAAUGGAAAUGUGGUUAUGGCGAAGAAUGACAAGAACAAGAUGGAUAGAGCGGAAAAGAAAUGAGACAAUACUAGAAGAAAUAGGUGAAACAAGAAGCAUGUGGACAUCAAUAAUGAAGAGAAAAGUCAAACUAGUGGGACAUUUGCUGAGACACAAUGACUUCAUCACCAACAUUUUUGAAGGAAAAAUAGCAAGCAAACGAUCACGAGGACGUCCAAGAAAAUCUUAUUUUGAAGACCUGAAUCAUCUCAUGGGCUGCUCCUCCUACCAACAAUUGAAGAGAAUGGCAUGGGACAGACAAGAAUGGUUACACCGACAAGGCACUGCCUUUAGAAGCUGAUGAUGAUGGUUCAAUCGGCGACAUGUUCACGGUAACGCGUUAUCACACAUGUGAUACGCGAUAUUUUAUAUCUUUGUAUUAUCAUUUUGUUUUGUUGAUACUAUAAUCAGUUUUAUUAUUAUUUAUUUUCAUUAUUAUUAUAUUACCACUGAUUUUGUUCAUUUUAGUAUUAUUAUAAUACAUUUUUUGAUUUUAUAUAUUAGGUGGGCGCCUACUCCCCAUAUAAGUUGUCAUUUUAUUUAAAUAUAAUAUGUAUUCCGGGUAUGUGAUGUACUGAUAUACUAUUUUAAUACAGUCCACAAUUAAUAUUUUAUUACAACAAUCAGGUGUUAUUUUUUUAAUUAAAUAUUAUUACUCCUACUGUUUGGUUGUAUAUAUGUUUGUCAUUAUUUAAGUACACACAUCUACAUUUUUGGUCCUUCGAGCCGGAUAAUUUUAUGUAAUUUUUAAUUAAUUAAUUUCUCCGUCUUGUCUUGCUUGCUCUUUUAUUCCUUAAAAAUCGGUUAAUAUGGGAAGGCCUAAGCGUCAAGACUCGGACAAUGUUGAAAAUAAACGGUCGUUAAUUCGUGCUCGUGCAUCGCGGGAUGCAUCGUUACGGUCAAUUAAGAAAAUAAAUACUAUAGGCGAGGAAGCUAAAAUAAAUGUCGAACUUCGCGCAUUGUUUGAAGCUCAUUACUUGUCAUUGAAACGGUUCACUGAUCAAUUUGAGUUAGCACAGCAAGCAGUAUUAAAUGCUCUUGUUGAUUCGGAUAAUGUAGGCGAGUUUGAAACGGUUGAUUCUGAAGUCACUGACGCUAUGGAAGAGAUAUGUGCAAAUAUUCAACUCAUUGCUACUGGCUUCCAUAACGCUUCGGUUAAUGUUGUUGCUACUAAUAAUGUUUCUACUGGUGCAAGAAAAAUAGCUCAGCCUGUUGUGCUCCCAAAAAUUGAAUUACCAAAAUUUGAUGGUAAUGUACUUGAUUGGGUAUCAUUUCGGGACAUGUUUCAAUCACUAGUUCAUGACAACCCUGAUAUUUCCAACAUUCAACGUUAUCAUUUUUUAAUUCUAAGCUUGUCCGGUCCAGCGCUAGCAGUAGUGAAAGCCAUUCCGUUGACGGCUGAUAAUUAUGUCAUAGCUUGGGACGCAUUAAAACAAUCAUUUGAGAAUCAACGGUUAAUAGCUUCUGCACAUAUUGAUAAACUAUUUUCAUUUGUGCCUUUGAAGAAAGAAUCAUUGUCGUCACUAUCUUCAUUUGUUCACGUAUUUACCGAAAAUGUCUCGGCUAUUAAAGCACUUGGUGUUCAAGAUUUGGCUGGUUUUAUCUUGUUUCACAUCGGGGCCCGAGUAAUUGAUACAGAGACCAGGAGACUUUUUGAAGCUAGCAUCGAACAAAAUGAAGUACCUAGUUUAGAUAUGCUAUUAAAAUUUGUAGAAAAGAGAUGCAAAAUCUUAGAAAAUGUUGGAACCUCGGUUGGAACUAACGAAAAACAGGAUAACACCUUUAAAGGUAAUAGUAAGAAGACAAAAGGUGGGCCUCCUGGCAAAACUUCAUUGACAAUUUCAACUUCAUCUACUGCAUCAAAGUGUCCAUUCUGUCAACAUGAACAUCAAAUUCAUCGUUGUUUCUCAUUUAAGCGCAAACCAAAUACGGCGCGGCGUAAGUUUGUGAGUGACAACAGUUUAUGUUUUAUAUGCUUAAAACCUGGACAUAAUGCCAGCUCUUGUACUGCCGGUUUUACAUGCAAGAAAUGUGAAGGUCGUCAUAACACACUGUUACAUCUGGAAAGUUUUGAUGUAAAAAACAAUAGUGAAGUGACACAGAAGGAAAAUACAAAUGUUCAGGCCAGUACGUCCAAACCAGUUGGAAAUAAUACUGUGUUUGCAGGUACUAUAUCAACACAAACAACUGUUGUAUUAGGGACUGCUGUUAUUCGGGUACAAGAUAACACAGGUGCUAUGCAUCAGAUCAGAAUUUUAUUAGAUAGUGGGUCACAAGUUUAGUUUAUAAUGCCAUUAGGUAAUAAUAACACUCGUUUCUAAUUAAAAUUAUUAUAGAGUAACAAUACAAAAAAAGAAUCAUUUAAUGAAAUUUAACUGGGAUGGGAAUAUAGGAUUAAUAUAAAACAGGUAGACUGAAUAAUUAUUUAAUGAAUAUUUUGAAAAUGUAUCGCAAUAUUACUGAUACAGUAUCAACGAAAUUUUAAUUCAGUUAUAAAUGUAUAAUAUGAACUUAUUCGAAAAAACAAUUCAUUCUUAAAACAUAAGAACACACUCCGUAAUUUACUUUUUUACAUAACAAUAAAUUGUAUUUUUAUAAUUACAUAUAAUAAAACAUGUGUAGUAAUUCUUAUUAUAUUAUGUAUUUACAAUUAUUUUCUGUACGUAAUUAUCAAACUAAUUAGUUUUUUUAUCAUUAUUUUAAAUAAAAUAUUUUGAGUUUUACACUGAAGCAUUUAAAAUUUAGAUUCUAAACCAUGCAUUACCCACAUUUAUUUUACUUAACUGAAAACAAUUAAAAUCUCUAUAAGACAUAAGUGAUUAAGAUAUUAAUUUAAGAAAUCAUAUAAAUUGCAAGAUUUUUAACUAACAAAAAUAUUACUCGUGUGUGAGCCAUAAAUUCAGUCUUCGUGCGACGUUUAUCGCAACCGGUCGUGUUUUAUUUGUAUCGCUCGACGCUCGCUUAUCUAACUGUCGUGCGUAAAUACAAAGUUCACUGUAUGGUGCAUCGCAAGCAUGUUAAAUUGUCAAAUACCAGGCCCAACACAGGACAACACAAACGCUCCAGCAGUGUCGCCCUCUCUCCACAGCAUGUCAGCAAAAAUAGAUAUGCUCCACUCUCAAAUGUUAAUGAUACAGAUGACGUCAACGCAGAAAUUACUGAUAUGGACAUAGUAGAGACAAAAUCUCGCCAGUUAUAACUGCGGAUUUCAACUUCCAUAAUAAAAAUAUAUUUUUAAAACUGAACCUAUCUACCGUCGACGACUAUCGUUCUGUUACAAAAUAUUUCUCCGAAAACAAUAUUAAAUAUCAUACAUACCAACUUCCGGAAGAUAGAAAUAUUUCCAUAAUAAUAAGAAAUCUACCAACAUCGAUAUCUGAAGCAGAAAUCUUCGAGGAAUUAUCUAAUCUAAAAUUUAAUGUCACGUCUGUUACCCGUCUACAAAACCGUCAUAAAUCACCAAUUCCAAUCGUCGCCGUUAUCCUUGAUAAAUCAGAAAAAAAUUUUUUUUCACUAGAUCGUCUUCUUCAGUGCAUAAUUACGGUAGAAAAUAGAAAAACCGAUAACUCCAUUCCUCAAUGUCAAAAUUGCCAACGUUUUAAUCAUACAAAAAAUUUCUGUAAACUACCUCCUAGAUGCGUUAAAUGCCCAGAACAACACCACUACUCGGAGUGUACUAAAGAUUUAAAUAGCCCACCGACAUGCGUAAACUGCAAUGAAAAUCAUCCUGCAAAUUAUAAAGGAUGUAAAAUCUAUAAACAAUUAACAAAUUAAAAACCACAGUAUCUAUAAUAGCCGUGGUCAUAACCCAAGGUUUAUUAUUAUUUAUUUAUUGAUAGUGUUUGAACUUCCCGCCGCUUCCAGCGCAACAUUUGGCAACCGGUCCGCGGAACACCGCGUCGCGCGGCCAGCGGACACCGGGCUUCGGCCAAGUCGCCGCCGGCGACUAAAGUUUAGUUGUAGUUUUUCGUACGCUCGACUUGAGCGGACCGUGCGUGUAUCGCGUCCGGCCGUUAUUCCGUUAUUCGGUGCCGUCGCGUGGGUGUCGCCGAUAUUCGCGCACAUAUUCUUAUUUAUUUAUCCGUGUCGGUACAUCCCAGUCGUCUGAUUCCGACGGGCUAUACUUCGUACCCGAUACAUCGUUCAUUAUUAUUAUUAUUGUGUGUGUAUCCGUCGUGCGACGCUACUUCAGUGCCGUGAUUAUGUAAUUUGCAUAUCACGUAAUCGGUCAUUCGCCGCCGCCAACAGCCCCCGCUUCCCGUCCACCUGCGUGUCACAGCACCAUCGCAACAGCUGUUCCAGUCGCCGCCGCCGAUACACCACCCCACCGCGGCGCAUGUGCCGGCCG